AUGUUGGAAAAGUGUCGGUACUGUGGCUGUUCUGAUGUGAAGUCGUUGAAACAGUGCCUAUUCUGCGGAGCUGUGGCUUACUGUAGCGAUGAACACCAGCAAUUCGACUGGAAGCGACAUAAGCCGAUGUGUAAGCAGACACAAGCGGAAAGCCAACGUCGUCAAGCGGCUGCUGCACAAUCGUCGUGUACCACCUACACUCAGACGGCAACCAGCUCAACAUCAAGUCCCCGACCCUAG